AUGGAUCCAUCAGAAAAUCCUUUUGAUCUCGCAACAUACGUUCAAAAUUGUGAAAUUGAAGAAACUUAUAUACUCAACCGAUUUAGAGAGCGUCGAAACAAAAUAUUGGAAGAUAGGGCACCUCGUAGUAGAAAAUAUCUCAGUAGAGAUCAUUUGUGUGAUCCAAAUGUUCAUCACGAACUGCAAGCAGAUCUAGUGAAGCACAUCUGA